AUGGCAAAAGUCAAGAGCAGACCUCAGGCAUAUUCAGCCAUGUCUUUUCACCUCGUCCGGGCCAUCGCAUUCAUUUCACAGGCCAUCGUCUCUGGCAUUCUGAUCUUCUUCUGCAUUCAAUUGAGGAAAGAUGGGUUCAAAUUGCCCUGGACGUUCAUCAUCGUACUAGCAGCCUCGCUCCUCAGCAUCAUCUCAAUAUUAAUCACCACAAUAUUCUACGUCUGCUCCUUCCUCUCGCCCUUAUUCAACCUAAUCGUCAACGUCACCGUGCUGAUCAUCCAAUUCGUGGGCUUCGUGCUCCUCUCCUGGAACAUGUCGGGCACGCUGUCCCACUCCUGCAGCGCCUCGAACUGGGCCUCCAACGACGGCAUGAUGGUGUGCCGGAUCUACAAGGCCUUCUACUCGUUCGUCAUCUUCACCCUGCUCGCUCAAAUCGCCCAGAUCGUCCUCGACGCUCGCAGCCGCAGUGCCCAGACCCAACUCGGGCGUUAUGGCAAUAUCGAGAGCAACAAAGACCUGAAGCUGGAUGAUUUGAGCAAGGCGAAGCAGCAACAGUAUCAGUCAGCCGGGGGACAUUCGGCACAGCCGAGCCACGCGAGUUCCGACGAUGUGCCCUACAGCGUGCAUGAUUAUCGUGACCAGCCUACCCGGCCGACCUACCAAGCGUACCAGCCUCCUGCUAGCGGGGAGAGUGCCAGCUAUUAUGGUUCCGGCGGUGGUGCGAGUAAUCCGCAAGUGAGGAUGAAUGAUUUCAAUAAUGUCUUCGGCUCUGGCCAGCGUCCGGACGGCGCGGCUUAUGGGAGCGGUGGAUAUGGAUAUCAAGGAAGAUGA